AUGCCAAACAUCAGAAAUGAAAAUUCUUUACCUUUUAUUCCGUUAUAUCUUCGUAAUAGUCCUUCACAUAUUUAUAACAGAAUCGCAGACAAAAAAAUAUUAUUACCAACAAAAUUUAAUAAAAAAGAUCGCGCAAGAGGUGUACGAGUUUUAGACAAUGGAUUGAGCAUUCUACACACAGCAAAUCACCCUAUUCCUUAUGAGGCCGGUAUUUACUAUUUUGAAAUCAACCUUUUAAAUGAACCGGCUAGUAUUGGGGUUGCUAGAAAAAGUUUUAGUCUCGAAAGACAUACAGGAUGGGAAUUUAAAUCUAUAGGAUAUCAUGGUGAUGAUGGCUUAAUAUAUUGCGAAGGAGGUUUUGGAAAUUUAUAUGGGCCUCCAUUUUCGGCAGGGGACACAAUUGGAUGUUGCUUAAACUAUGAUGACCGAAUUGUUUUUUUUACAAAAAAUGGAGUUAAUUUAGGAAUCGCUAGUGCAAAUAUUUUCGCAGGAGAAUUAUAUCCAAUAGUUGGUAUGGAAACUAGUCAUUCUCAAGUUGAAAUUAAUUUUGGUUUUAGGCCUUUUAAAUUCAAUAUCGAAUUUUAUGCAAAGACCAUAUUUCAACAAAAUAAAUUGUUUACAUUCGAUGGACCCGAUAAAGACCCUACUGAUGAAUAUGAAGAUUCGGAUUAUUUUUGA